AUGACUGUCACUGCAACUCGCUCCGAUACUCCACAGGAAGAUUCUGGAGGCAUCCCUCGCUUCCUAGGGGUGGUGGACGACAUCAUGGAGGUAUGCGAUGGAUCCAGCAUGGCGUCCGGUAAAAGGAAAGAAGUCAAGGCCCUGCUGGACAAGCUACAUAGGAUCUAUACGGCUGCUCAGGAGGAUCUGACGGGUGGACAGAAAAAGCUGAUUGAUCUGCUUGAGGCUCACACUAAGGUUAAGGAUGAACUUGCUCAGGAGAGGAUACGUGGAGGAUCUCGUGGCAGUGCUUUGAUUUGGGUAACUGGUGGAGACAUCGGGUCUGAUGACAAGAGCUCCGAGAAACGCAUUGCGGUCAGCGAUCGAAUUGCACAGAAGGCGAAGGCCACAAUCCGUGAUAAUUUCUUUGCUAAGGACGGCAGAUUAGGCAUUCGGGUGUCACAUGACGAUCAGGAUGUGGUGAGGCAAGCGGCUAGAUCACUCGGGUAUGAGGCUAAGGUCCUCAAUCCUAUCGAGCCGGAACUUUUCGCUAGGGAUGUGGGCAACGUCUCUGAUGACUCACUGAAGGAAGCCAUUGGAGAAGCGUGUCUCACAGCUCAUAGGAAGGGAUUGAAUGCCUUCGUUCGGGUCAAGAAAGAGUCGGCUGUGUCACUCAUCAAGGAGGGUGUAAAGGUUGGAUGGCGUUUGCUACGUGUAGAGGAGAAGCACAGGAAGAGGAUGUGUUUCAAGUGCUGUGCCAUCGGGAAAGAAGCCCACAAAGCUAACGAGUGCAAUAUGGUGGCUAAGUGCUACAAAUGCGCUCGAGAGGGGCAUGAAGGUGGCAAUUGCCCGGGUGGAAUAGCCAAGUGCGCCAACUGUAGAGAAGAGCACAGAGCAAUUGAUCACAAAGUCUGCCCUGUGGCGCUCAGGCAGUCGGGCCUGGGGUGGGGGACGUGGGCCCUCGGUAGUAGCGCUGGCCUCCGAGGGAGGUAG